AAAGCCACAGCCCUAUUACUGCCCUGGCUAGCGGCUUAUUGACUUUCCCUUGUAAUUACUGUGCUUCUUGGACUUACAUUUCCAGACAGUAAUGUUCUGUGCUUCACAACAGAAUUAGAAACUUGCUUAGAAACUACAUUGUUGUUGACAGAUCGUGGCUUUACUCAGGGCGUCUCUCUUUGCAACUCCUGCUUAAAAAUGCCGGUCUUCAGCUGCAGUCACCCUGCUGUGUUCACUGCCCAAGCCCCUUUGCCAAGCCCUCUUCUUCCUCCCUACAUCUGUGCACCUGCAGGUCAAAUGAGAACCCAGCCCUCGACCGCCCAUCACGUCGUGCCUUCUCCAGAGCUAAGGGGCAGGUACUGUGCCGGGCACAGCACGCAACGCUUCAUUUCCUGGGGUGCUCUGCUUUUCUGUGCUGCAUUGACGAGGAGGGUUUGCUCAUCACGGUGCUGUUCAUAACAUGCUGCUCCAAUUCUGUCCCUGUUGUGAAGCGAUCACAUUGUGCCUCAUGCAAUCUCUGUUCAAGAAGAUGAUGGUGAUAAUACACGUGGGUGGCGAUGGAUCGGCCAGCCUGCGUGCAGUUCGUUAGCUCUGUCUUUGCAGUUACACGUUUCACUGGCAUGCCACCCGUCUCAGAUGAGUAUCUUGGCAAUUCUUUACUUUUGUCUCAUUUUAUAGACUCAUUUCUCACUGUGGCUGGCUGAAUGAGAGGCAUUUGGUUCAAGGGACUGGACUGGGUCUCUGGAGAUAUGGGUUCGUGGUAUCCUCUGACACUUCCAGUGUGUCUUGAGCAAGUCGCAUAAUCUUCCGGUACCACGACUUUGUUAAAUGGAGCGUCUUUUUCCCUAUUCCAUCAAGGAGUUGUGAGAAUAAAUUCAUUAGUGCCUGUGAGAUAAAUAGCAACGAAUGGUCUCAGCAUAAAUGAAUACCUGUUAUAGGUUUGGUUGACUUUGGGAUGAUGGUAUGGCAGGGUUCCUCAUAUCCCGACUGGCUUUAAGACGCAACUCAAGUGAGCAAGUGUUGUGGCUUUAUCUUGCUCAUGCCAAGCAUUUUCAGUUUUGGGUAUUGGUCAAGUUAUAUUUGUCACGGCUAAAAAUAUCUUGGAGAACAAAAUUCUUUUUUUCCCCCUUUUUUUCUUUUGGCUGAGGGAUAGGAAAAACUAUUGAGCUGACAGUCCGGAGCUGGUUUCUCACUGACCCCCAUAUGAAGUCAGCAGAGAUGGCAAAGGACAGUGAUGCACUUCAGUCCAGAUACACUACUUAUUUUCAAACAGGGAGUCUUUUCAGAUGGCAUUUUCUGGCCUAGUCCCUGUGCCAUUUAUUAUUUUCAGAGUCUUACUGGAAUUAGACCAAGAAGGCCAUGAUGCCCUUUCAUUUUGACACCGCCACCUUGUCGCUGACCCUUUCUGGCUCCAAAGCCAGCCCCGUAUCGAAAUCGAGGGGAGAUUUGAGUAUGGUCCCUACAUUGCAUACCUGAGUGACUUCAUUGUCUGUGCAUGCAUCACCGAAAUAACACAACUUGCCUCUCGGGAGGAGAAACAGUUCGUUUAGACGAGAAUAUCCGUUAGUCAUUUGUUAUUGUGAAUGGCAGAAAGCUGUGCCUGCUGGUGAUAGCUUGGAGCCGGAAGAGGUCAGAGCCACGUGGAAGUGGGCAAUGGAAAAGUCCUGUUACCUGUAUUCACUUAGACUGGGCUGAGCAGAUUGGAUAAUGUUUUUGAACAAUAUAUGUUUAGGGGCCUUGCGUGCACCUCUGACCAUCCAGCUGUGUCGUAUACUUGCAAAGCUCAGAAAAACGGAGCAUGAUCGCUUCCUAAAUAGAUGCUGCUGUAGCAAUUUCCAUGCUCAAAGGCUUCGAGACCUGAAUGGGGCCGUCUCUGCUUCUGGGUGCAUCCCGAGAGAGUUGGGUCCAAAACCCGGCCUCUUCCCAACGAGCUGGGACCCAAAGUCCAUAGCUGACUACUCUGCAGUAAAAACAGCCAGACGAAGGAUCUUUUUUGUGAUGAGCUCCCCUUGGUACCUCAUUGGCUUCCUGUAGGUCUGCACCGGGACAACCUGGCACCUAGAGUGAGGGUUUGAGGGUUGCAUAGUCCAGAGGCAGCCACUGCAUUUAGCCCUCAGUUGGAAACAGAUAACAUGAAACCUCCCUGGUUAUCUUUUAUGAUGCAAGAGCAGUUGCCUUAUAACUGUUGCUUACAUCCUGUGUUCGAAUUGCUGUGGAAAAACAGAUGCCUCGUCCUAAAGCUGGAUGCAGACCAGCCCCCUGGAUCUGAAUGUCCUAGGAUGCCAGUCCAGAUCAGAAUUUUGCAAGCGCUGCUGUCUCUUUAAAGGCUCGAACCGAAACCCCGGCUCUGAGCAUUCCCAAACUUCAGCAUGUUGGAAAUCCAGACAUCGAGCUGAGUGUUUUUUCCACCCCCCAUCUCAGUUUGACCCUACAUCUGCCCGAUUCAUCUCUGCAAAGACCUCUUUUGGCCUGCUUUCUCUCUCUCGGUGCACAGGAUGUGCAGUCGGCAUGGUGUUCUCAGCCUUCGACUCUCCGGGGAGCUGUGGAGUUCAACUCCUUAGCCCCCUUGCACGGUAGAUCAUGACUAAAUCCCUGUUUUAAUGUAGCCCCUUCCUCUCCCACCCUUACACAAAUUUUGGAGGCAAUGUAGUGGGUGAAGAAUAUAUUUUAGUACUGCUGGAUUGAACCAUUAGGACUUUGGGGAGCUGCAUGAGGGGUGCAGCUCCUGUAACUUCCUGCAGAAAACACCUCCUUUUGAUGCCCACCUCCCUAUUUUUUCCUGCAGUAUACAUGCUGCACAGUUCAGCUGAUCAGAUUAUGCAGACUAGACAGGCUUAUCAUGUCAUCUAUCCAGUGUACACUUGUGCUCUGAGGUCUGGAGGAAUACGUCCGGGAAAGGACCCCUUUCCUGCCUUGCUAAGAGCACUGAAGCCCUUUGCAUCUCUGAGCUUGGGUAUUAAUGAUUCCUCUUGGUACAAUGGAAAUAUAAUAUUUCUCUUCCCCUGAGCAAGCAAGUGUGCAUAUGUGUGUGCGUGUGUGUGCUGAAUGCCAAAAGCAUUGGUGAAGCCAGCUUGCUUCCGUAUGUGAAUCAUUUCUCAAGCAGCUCUCUGUGUCUCGUUGCAAUGUGGUUUUCCUCUCAGGGAAGCGCUGAAGCCCUGAAUUCUCAGUCUGGUUUGCACAUGCUGUCAGAGGCUAGCGGGAGACGGUUUUCUUUUUAAUACGAGGAGGAGACAAGCUUUCGCUAGUGACCGUUCCUCUGGAAAGACCAUGAAGAGCGCUGCCAAGCCUUGGAGUGCAGUGCCAAAGCAAGGGAGCCAUGGGAUUGACCGAGGAAAACCUCUUCCUGCUGCCUCCUCGGGCAUGAAGACCUCCAAGUCCUCCACUUCGCUCGCUUUUGAAUCUCGGCUCAGCAAGCUGAAGAGAGCCAGCAGCGAUGACAUGCUCACAAAGCCAGGGGUAACAGCAGGCUCUGGGGUCUCCAGACUGAAGAAGACCAUUACAACAGGAGCAAUUUCUGAACUGGCUGAGAACCGGCUGAAGCCCAGUACAGGAGCAGUUUCAUCAGCCAAGCGCACGGGGAUUCCAGCUCCUCGGGAGACCCCAUCCACCGUCUCCAGAGAGAGGGCAGUGUUGCGUGGACCAGCUAACGCUCGGAAAACUCAGCCCAGCCCGACUUCUAGCGGCACGCCGACGCCUACCAAACACCUGCGCCCCUCGGCCAAGUCCAAGCAAGAAAAUGAAACCGGGGAGAAGGCCAUUCUGGAAUCCCAGGUCAAGGAGCUCCUGGCAGAAGCGAAGACAAAAGACUCGGAGAUUACCAAACUCCGGAGCGAGCUGAAGAAAUGCAAGGACAAAGGCUCACCUAACUCUGAAGGGAUCAAUGCGUUAGAUCAAAACUUAGACAUGUUGCCACUGUCACCUGGUGACAUGGACCCGCUAAUACAGACUCUUCAGGAAAAAAACAGGACUUUUCAAAAAGAGCUUGCUAGCCUGGGGGAAGAAAACCGCGUUCUGAAAGAGAAGCUGCUUUAUCUGGAGAACUCCCCUCUCUCGGACACGACGGCGAGCAGCGGAGGGGACAGCAGUCUCCCCACCCCAACCACCCAGGAGUCAAGUUUUGGAAGCCCAACGAAAAACCUAGUAAGAGGUGAACCUGAUGAGGCCAGGCAUCGUGCACACGGAGGAGCUUUACGCAACUCGGGUUCUUCUAGCAGUGACGUGACUAAAGCCUCCUUGUCGCCCGAUGCAUCUGAUUUUGAACAUAUAGCAGAUAUACCUUCUAGGCCAGUGUCCUCAAACAGCAACCCCUUCAAGGGUUCCAGGUGCUCCACCUCAGGGAGUUCUCCAAAUAACAUCAGCGACCUUUCCGUGGCUUCGCUGACUGAGAGGAUACAAAAAAUGGAGGAGAACCAUCACAGCACCGCAGAGGAGCUGCAAGCCACUUUGCAAGAACUGUCCGACCAGCAGCAAAUGGUGCAGGAGCUGACGGCAGAAAACGAGAAGCUGGUGGAAGAGAAGGCUCUCCUGGAGAACUCCUUCCAUCAGCACAGAGAGAGAACAGAGCAGCUGAGUCAAGAAAACGAAAAGCUCAUGUCGCUCCUCCAAGAGCGAACCAAGAGCGAAGAAACCAAAGUGCAGGAGGGGAAGGUCCUGGAGCUGGAGCAGAAAUGCACAGAACUGCUCGAGAAAGCACAGUUUGAACGAGAGAAGCUGCUGAACAUCCAGCAGCAGUUAACCGGUAGCUUACGGAGCUUAGAAAGAGAACACCAAGAUGCCCAGGAGGUGAUCAAGGGCCUGGGAGAGGAAAACGAGAAGCUCGGUAGGCUUCUAGAAACAGAACGGCAGAGCAAUAGCAUGGUGACAAAGACUCUGGAGGACUGUAAAAUCGCCUUAGAAGGCCUGAAGAUUGAGAAUGGGUCCCUCAAAACUCAGCUAGAGAGUGAGAAACAGAAGGCUGCAGAGAUGAGUGCGGUAGGAUGUACUACUGACAACUCUGAGGUGCAGGAGAUGUUGAAAGUGGCCCAUGCAGAGAAGGAUCAGUUGGAGCUGGCUUGCACUGAGCUCAAGCAAGAGCUGUUGAAGGCAAGCAGCGAGGUGAAACAGGCCCAGGGGCUGCUGGCCAAGGUGGAGACAGAGUACAGUCAGCUGAAGGAGCUGUGUGACCGGCAGGCCGAGCAGCUCACCAGAACCAGCCAGAAGCUGCAAGAGAAAACAUUGGAGUACGAGGCCGAGAUCAAGAACCUGAAGGAGACCAUCUUUGAUUUGGAAGACCAGGUGGAGCAGCACCGUGCCAUCAAGCUACACAACAACCAGCUCAUCAAGGACCUGGAGAGUAAAGUGAUGAAACUGGAAGAGCAAAAGCAGGAUCAGGAGAAGCAGCUGAAGGCUCUGACCAAACAGAUGAAGGAGGAUACAGAGGAGUGGAGGCGUUUUCAAGCCGAUCUGCAGACUGCAGUGGUGGUGGCCAAUGACAUCAAGUGCGAGGCCCAGCAGGAGCUGCGUGUGGUGAAGAGGAAGCUCCAGGAGGAAGAGGAGAAGAGUGCCAGGCUGCAGAACGAGCUGGACGAUGCGAAGGGCAGCAGCAGGUGCCUGAUCUCUGCCAGUUAGCACAGCCCUGGCAUGCUGCAAAGCCAGGCCUGGGGACUCAGACAGUAUCUUCAACCCAAAAAAAGGAAGUUUCAGCUGGAGAAAGCACCUCAGAUUAUCAUUGCCCUGCAAAAGUCCAGUGCAUCCCAAAGUGUGAAUGCUGUUCAGACCCACCUUCUCCCCUGCGCAGGAGCUUGAUCCUUUGCUUUCAACAGGCUUCUGUCUCCUGAGGAUGGUUUGAGGUGGAAACCCUUUUGAACCUAUUUUAAAACAAUGACAAAGGUAUCUUAGAAGCCCAAGCCUUGGGACUGAACUGCCUGUUGACUCUGGGGGAUGGCGGUUUCUCUCAGGUGGAAAUCUGAGCUUACCUUUUUUUUUUAAGUUAAAAAAAGAAAAGUGUUUCUGUGUGUGUGUCUCAUCUGUAAUAUUUUGUGCACGCACAUGUUAUGUACUCGAUAUAUAACAUGGUUUACAUAUAUUUUCUAAUGGCUCUAGGGUUUUGCAGGUGGGUAUGACAAAGAAGUGCAGAUCACCCAUGGAGACUAGGUUACUUGCCUCCCAGAUAAAAAGCCACGCAGGGAGGUGCAGUGUUUGUUUGGUUGCCUGGGUGUUUCGGAGGCUUUGGAGGCAGCGGUGACAACGGACUUGCCACUAGGUGGUAGCAUCUGACUCAAAGUACAUUUGAGGUUUGGGCAUUUCUCGCUGUGGACUUCGACUCAGAAGAAAGCAUCCAUGAGGUCAAGACAAGCUGUUUCUCCUGCCUAUGUGGAUGGCAGACAGACCGAUCAGGAGGAAAAGCAAGAAAUGCAUCAAGCCCUCAGGACAAGAAUAACCCUCCCCUGAAAGAACCUCAUUCUCAUCCCCUUAACUCAGGUGAUGUAUACAGUCAGGGAAGAUUAGCCAUUGCAGUACCUGAGAGGUGAAGAUACCAGGAGAGCUUUACUAGACACCAAGGAGGAACAGAGAAGUCACCUUCUUUGUCAUGAGACGGUUGGGAUUCAUUCCCUCGUGGGACCGGGAUCCCAUGAUUUGGGCCUGCGGUGCCCACUCCUCCUUCAGGACGAGAAGACGUAGCGGGAGCCUGGCCUCAGGGCAAGAUAUUGUAGGGAAGCGCUAAGCACCAGCGUGACUUUGGCAUGAUCUCUGUGCCACGUUACAUGCGUGUAUGUGCACUCGUGCUGCCUCUCUACCAUCUGUGCUGGCAAUUGUUGAAUGUUUUUAUAUGUUGAAAAGUGCAUUGAAGUGCAAAAUAAAUACGUAACUGUG